UCAUAUAAAAAACCCUUUGUUUUCAGGACUAUGUGUUAGAAAUGACAGUGGAAGAGACAAGGCUCUACAUGAGAAACCUGCUCUUAGCCUUGAGGAGAGUACAUUCAUUCAACAUCAUUCACAGAGAUAUUAAACCAAGCAACUUUCUAUACAAUCGCCAUACCAAGCAAUUCCUAUUGGUUGACUUUGGCUUGGCACAAAAGGUCAAUGAGAAUGAAAACUCUCUGCGUAAUCCGAUUAUGAAAAGGAAAAGAGAAGAUGACGACCUGGAAAAUGCGGAGAACCCCAGGGUAAAGCGGUGCACUCUGGAGCAGGUGGGCGGGAACAAACAGGAUCUGAGUGGAUUUGCCAAGCAACCUCAGUACUCCAACGUUCUCUCCACGAACACCAUCAAGAGACCUUUGACAACCAACUCCUCAAAUGUGAUAAAUAACACUGCCGAGAAAGUGUAUGGCAAGAAGCAGUCCUUCCAGAACUUGAUGCCGCAGAAAGUAAAGUCUACCAAUGCUCAAACCAGUUUUGUGCGUGUCCAGAACUCUCAGGUACAGCUCAGCACGACGUUUCCGCGACCGAAGGUGCCGGUGCUUCCCUCGCGUCAGGACAGGUGCCAGUGUACGGGCAAGGCACAGAUCUGCAACAUCUGUCUGACCCGAAAGGCGCAGUUCGCUCCGAGAGCAGGCACUCUAGGCUUCCGUCCUCCAGAGGUCCUGCUCAAAUACCCACUGCAAACCACAGCGGUGGACAUGUGGUCUGCGGGUGUGAUCAUGCUGUGUAUCCUGAGUGGCUGUUAUCCGUUCUUCCGCUCUCCUGACGACAUCUCUGCCUUGUGUGAGAUCAUCACUGUCUUCGGGACAACAGCCAUAACCACUCUAGCCAAAAAGAUUGGCCGCAAUGUGGUCUGCAGUGAGAAGCGGAAGCCGCUGAACCUGCGUAUCUUGUGCGAGAGCCUGAGACAGCGCAAGACUAGCGGCAAACUGCCCAAGGCUGACCAACCGUUGUGUCAGGACUGCCACCACUCCAACACCCUCGAGCACGGCUGCCUGUGUGAGGACAAGUGUAGGCUCGAACUGUCCUCCAGCUACUUCCCCCGCUCUGCCUUCGACCUGCUCGCCAGACUCCUGGACGUCGACCCUGACACUCGGAUAUCAGCCGAGGACGCCUUGCAACAUCCCUUCAUUACAGAGACCUGACCCUUCACUUCUAGUCUAGGUGUAUUUAAAUGUUUUAUUGUUAAGUGUGCCUUAUUUUAUAUGUAAAACUACCAUUAUAUGUGAUGUAUGGUUUGAUAUUAAAAUUUUCUUA